AAAGAGAGGUAUUGGUGCUAGGAACAAUGUCUUUGUCCAAAAUCCUAACGGAAGAUUUCCUAACAUGCAGCAUAUGCCAUGAAAAGUUCAAAGAGCCAAAGGUCCUCAGCUGUUCACAUACGUUUUGCCAGCAUUGCCUCCAAGACCAUUGGGACAGUAAUUUCCAAGGUCAGCUGCAGUUCCCUUGUCCUAUCUGUAGACGUCAGUGUGACCUCCCUGUGGGCGGUGUUAGCAGAUUACAAACAAAUCAUCUUGUGGUCAGCAUAUCACAUACACUUGCUCAAGUAGAACAAGCCAAAGCUACCAAGAAAUGCGAGUUAUGUUGUCUGAAAAAUGUCCCCAAUCCACCCACGGCAACAAAUCGUUGUUUGAACUGUGAGGAAAAUAUGUGUGGUGAUUGUUCUUCAGACCAUGUUCUUCAUAAGUUAAACCGUGACCACAAACUGUUUCCUGUCGACCAGUUAGGAAGCGACAAAUACGUGACAGAGCUGCAUGCCAGACAGAACGUCUUCUGUGACCACAAUAACAAGGAUCCAGUUGAAAUCUUCUGUCCAGUGUGUAAAAAGUACAUCUGCGCUACGUGUAUGUGUUUGGAACACAAGAAUCAUGAUUGCCUAAGAAUCAAAAAUGCUGCUGACAAACGCAAGGAAAAACUAGAACUCCUCGUUAGACACACUGAGAAGAAACGCCCACUCUACGGUCAUUUCAAGACCGCUGCUGAAGACCAGAAAACGUCAGUCGAAGAAGGAAGGAAGAAGGCAAAGAGUCAAGUUAACAAGCAGUUGGAGUUAGUCAUUAAGAUAGCCCAUCAACGUGCCGAGGAUCUUCUAGGAGAAAUAGAUGCAAAGUCGAAUGCAAAACUAGAGGUUUUAAACGCUUUAAUUGCAAAUGCUACCGCUGAGCAAAAUCAACUGGACGACGUUGUAGACUUCUCGAGAAAGCUCAUAAACCAUGGGAACGACAUGGAUGUCCUGCAAAUGGCCUCCGCCUGUGAGCAAAUCAGCGAGAGCAUUCACGCCAUCAAAAUUCCAACCCUGCCCGCAGCCAUGACCCAACUACAGCUUAUCACCAACGACAUGGAGGAGUGCGUUACCAAUAUCAACCGUUGCCUUGGAGACGUGGUUCCAGCUGUAAGUGGAAGAUUAGUGACAACAUUCAAAGUAGAACUGACCAAGUCUCCUGAAGAGAUGAUCACUCACGUGACCACUGAUACAAAUGGUGACAUCCUUAUUGGUAUUUGGUGUGAUGAGGACUUUUCACGGAAUAGAAUCCACAUCUACGAUGCCACCUUUGUCCUACAGGGCACAAUUCCAAACCCAAAAACAGCAGAAAAUGAGACAGGGGGCAACGUGAGAACAUUCCACAGUGAGUCACCAGAAGCAGUGGCGGUCAACAGCAAGGGUCACUAUGUGGUGGCCGGUCAUAAUACUCUGACUGUGCACCACAAGGAUGGCAAGGUCCUGCAGACGACACCAGACCCAGGGGGUAAAUGUGUCAAGCACAUCCACUGUAACGUGAAUGAUGACGUCAUCGUCACAGAUCCAGGAAAUGAUCACAUCCGUGUAUACGAUCCAACUCUCCAGUUUAAAUACAGGUAUGGUACCCAGGGUGAUGGUGACGCACAGGUGGACGGUCCACUCGGCACAUGCUCCUUGGAUAAUGGAGACAUAAUUCUGACAGACUUUAUCAACCAUCGUCUGCACCUGGUGUCACCAGAUGGGAAAUUCAAGCAGUUUAUUUUAAGCAAAGACAAUGGACUUUUCAAUCCGAGAGAUGUUACUAUAAACCAUCUUGGGAAACUGGUCGUUGCUGAAGAGGGAGGCCAGAUUAACUUUUUUGAAUUGAUAUUGGUCCCAGGAGAAAUGUCUCUGUCCAAGAUCCUAACGGAAGAUUUCCUAACGUGCAGCAUAUGCCUUGAAAAAUUUAAAGUCCCCAAGGCCCUCAGCUGUUCACAUACGUUUUGCCAGCAUUGUCUCCAAGACUAUUUGGACAGAAAUUUCCAAGGUCAGCCUUGCUUCCCUUGUCCUAUCUGUAGACGACAGUGUGACCUCCCUGGGGGCGGUGUUAGCAGAUUACAAACAAACCACCUUGUUGUCAGCAUAUCACAUACACUUGCUCAAGUAGAAAAAGCAAAGACUGUAAAGAAAUGCGAGGUAUGUUGUCUGAAGAAUGUCCUCAAUCCACCAACGGCAACAAAACGUUGUUUGAACUGUGAGGAAAAUAUGUGUGGGGAUUGUUCUUCAGACCAUGUUCUUCAUAAGUUAAACCGUGACCACAAACUCUUUCCUGUGGACCAAUUAGGAAGCGACGAAUACGUAGCAGAGCUGCGUGCCCGACAAAACGUCCUAUGUGACCACAACAACGAGGACCCCGUAGAAAUAUUCUGUCCAGUGUGUAAAAAGUACAUCUGCCCCACGUGUAGUUUUUUGGAACACCAAGGCCAUAAUUGCCUUCGAAUCAAUGCUGCUGCCGACAAACGCAAGGAAAAACUAGAACUCCUCGUUAGGCCCAUUGAGAAGAAAAGUCUACUCUACGAUCAGUUCAAGACCGCCGCUGAAGACCAGAAAAAGUCGGUUGAAGAAGGAAGAAAGAAGGCAAAGAGUUAA